AUGGCUACGAAUGGCACACAUACGAACGGCGACUCCCAUACCACCAACGGCCUAAAGCCCAAGCCUCGAAUCGUCAUCGUAGGCGGUUCUCUAGGCGGUCUCUUCGCCGGCACAGCUCUAAAGUCCCAUGGCUUUGACACUAUACUUCUCGAACGCAACCCAGAAAACCUUCUUCACAACCAAGGGGCGGGUAUUGUGGCUGGCGGCGAUACGAUCGAAUUCUUCAAACGCUAUGAUCGGACGGGCAAACCGGUCGCCGUGCCCAGCUAUAAGCGCGUGUAUCUCAACCAGAAGGGCGAUGUGAUCCAUGAGGAAGUCAACCGACAGAACAUGACUUCUUGGGACCUGUCUUACUAUCUCCUUCGAGCGAACUACGAUCGCAUUGACAGCGAGUAUCUGGAAGGCGGUAAGCUGCCAGAGGUCCGGGACACGGAUGGUGAGGUAAAGUAUUGUGCCGGUGCGACUGUCACGAAUAUCGAGGACAAGGGUGGACAGGUUUUAGUAUCGUACCUGCAGCGAGGACUAGACGGCAAGGAGGAGUCGACGACUAUACUCGCUGAUCUAGUCGUGGCGGCCGACGGACCGAGCUCGUCGAUACGGAAGCUUUUAGAGCCGAAGACAGAACGCACAUAUGCUGGUUACGUGGUCAUUCGCGGUACAGUCCCCGAACAAGAAGGAUCGCCAGAGUCCCUGGAAGUCUUCCGCGAACGUUUCUGCUUCUUUCAUGCACCAAACUUGACCUAUACCAUUGCUGGUCACAAUGGCACUACGGAGCCGGGCCAACGUCUCCUGAAUUUCGUCUGGUACGCCAACUUUCCCGCCGACUCCAAUGAGCUCGACACUCUUAUGACAGACAUCUCCGGCCGCCGACGCCACAUCACCAUCCCACCUGGCCAGAUUGCACCCGAGGCAUGGAACAUGGUCAAGAAAAUGGGCUACGACCGUCUCCCACCGCAGAUGGCCGAGAUGGCAGCGAAGACCACAGCGCCUUUCGUGCAAUGCAUCACCGAUGUGAUUGCCUCAAAGAAUCUGUGGAUGGGCGACAAAGUCGUCUUGAUCGGGGAUGCGCUGGCUGGGUUCCGACCGCACACGGUGGCGAGUACAAGUCAAGCGGCCUUUGAUGCUAUGAGUCUUGCCGAGUGGCUAGAUGGGACGAUCGAUCGGAAGCAGUUCGUAAAGCAGACUAUGCAAUUCGCGAGGGAAAUCCAGGCCAUGGGUGUCAGAAUAGGUGAUCGGAGUCAGUUCGAGACUCUGCCGGUGGACGAGUAUAUUGCUGAUAGGAAUUUUGCGAGUAUCAAGCGGCAGGAUAGGGUGUAUGGGAAAUGGACAGAGGAUGGGCUGGACAAGAUCUAG